AUGCACUUCCCUAAGAUUAUCUCCGUUACCGUUCUUGCUGCACUCACCACUGCAGUAGCGCUUCCUUUCAACAGUGAUGUACAUGCUGUGGAAGCCUCGAAGAAUCAUUUGGAACGUCGCAAUCCUCAGCAAGUCGCUCAGCAGAUCGUCCGGAAUGCCGUCACCGCUGCACAAAUGCAGGCAGAGCAAGACGCAGCUGCAGAUGCUGUAGCGAGACCAGGAAACAACCUAUAUGCUCAUCUCAUUUUAUAA